AUGGAUGACUAUCAAAUCCUCUCCACCAUCGCUAAAACAGCCACCUCCAAAGUUCUUUUAGCCAGGCACAUUCCCACUCAACAACUCUAUGCCAUCAAACAAAUCAAUGUUCCAAAACCAUCCGAUGAUGAUUGGGGUGCCGAAGAAGUAGUCGUGAUUGCCUCCGACUCGGAUGAUGAUAGUAACUACGAUGACAGUAGUAGUAACGAUGAACAUGAACAAAUUCACUCUUCUUCUCAAAAAGAACCACAACAACAACAACAACAACCAUUAUCCAUUCAAGUUCCAACUGUUUCUUCGAAUACAACUCCAUCCACCAGUUCGACCAGUUUGAAUAGUGCCCCGGAAAAAACAAAUUCUUGGAAACGAAAACAACAGCAGCAGCAACAACAUUCAAGUCCACGUGGUUCUCAUUUAGGAGCCAAAAUUGCAUCAACACCUUCUCCGAGAAGAAACAAUUUCACACAAUCUUCGAAUAAUGUGACAUUGGAAACGGCCUUCUCUGUGAAAAUUGAAACUCAAUGUGCAUCUCCUCCUUCUCCAAUUACGAGAAAGAGUAAAGGUAUUUCGACAUUUGUGGAAGAUUUUGUGAAUCAACAUGUAGAAUCCGAUGAUGAUCAAGAGAGUGACGAUGAUUUGGAUGAACAAGACGAUUCCAACAAAUUAAUUUACAAAACACAAAAUUUGACAUUAAGUUUAGAUGCCACUCAUACCAUGAGUGAUAACGUGACAGGUGCUUUAUUGAAAAAUGAAAAAAAACUGUCGAGUGAUAAUUUAAAUGUCUUUAUUCCUACAAGCACAAAUCAAACAAAGAAACAAGUCUCUCCUCAAGUUCAAAUGACCAUGAAUGAUAUGAUUCAAAAGAAAAAGAAACAAGAAAUGAAAUACAUUCAAAACGAAAUUCAUGCCCUCCAAACGAUUGCCAAAGGACCUUUUAAAAUUUAUGACACGUCGACGAACGGAAAUUCCAAAGUGAUGGAAUGGCCAUUUGGUGAAAAGCCAAAACGAAUUAGUGAUGAAGAGAAAAUUGAAACCUUCUCGAAAUAUGUUUGUCAAAUGAAAAAAGUGAUUGAAGAUCCAAAAGAGAACAAACUUUGUAUUGUGUUGGAGUAUGCAGAUGGUGGUGAUUUAUUUAGUAUUAUUGAAUAUUAUGAUACACAUGGGUCCUAUGGAAGAAUGAGAGAAGAGCAAGCACGUUACUAUUUUAAACAAGUGGUUUGUGGUGUCUUGUAUAUGCAUCGAUGUGGAAUUUGUCAUCGAGAUUUGAAACCAGAAAAUAUUCUAGUGACUCUUGAUGAAAAGACAAAGAUGAAUUCUACCACAACUGCUAGUUCAUCCUCUCAAACGAAAGCUUUCACACCUUCUCAAAACCAUCAUCCUGUGUUGAAAAUAACAGAUUAUGGAUUUUGUGGUAUUUUGAAAAAACCAGGUGCUUCUUCUCAAACUCUCUUCGAUGAUGUUGUUGGUACUGAGAGCUGGUGUGCGCCUGAGGUUCUCAAUCGACAACGAUACGAUGGAAGAAAGGCAGAUAUUUGGUCAUUGGGAUGCAUUUUAUUUGCUCUCUUGACAGGAUGUUUUGCAUUUGAUCAUGAUGACAUUCACGAAUUGCAUCGAAUGAUUGAAGAUGUGAAAAUUCAAUUUCCUUCGUUUAUUAAUAAGGAAACCAAGGACUUUAUCUUGGCCAUGAUUUGUAAGGAUCCAAAACAGAGAUUGACCAUUGAAGAAGUGUAUGAUCAUCCUUGGAUGAAGAAGGGAGCUUAUUUGUAG